CAUGCGCACUUCCACCUCGGAAGAUCAAAUCAUCCCCCACCUCUAGCUGAAUCAGCUGUCGUCGUAAAAAUAACAACAAUGGAGUGGGGCGUAUGCUCUGUCGAGGAUGAAAUCGUGUGAGCAUGUGAAACAUUAAUUUUCGAGGUAAAACAUAUUGGAAUACUCGUCAGUCGUCAUUCUUGCACGUGAUAAUUCCCAGCCAAGAAGACAAGGAAGUUUAACAAUUCUCGUUUUAUUAACGCUCCGAUGAUUGUUCAACUGCAGAAAGCUCAUGCGUCAGUGUGGUGGGGGUGGAGUAAACAAAGCUGUUAAUGGGUUAUUUAUUCUCAGUUGAAAGGUCUCUGCAUACUUUAUCGGACAGUGUUGAAUGAAAUUUUUAAACGUCGAUAUGUUGUUGUCGGUUAAAAGAUGCUUUUGCAUGAGAGACUCGGUCAGAGCGCUUAGCAGCGGCGAGGUCUCCACUGCCCUCAGGCCCUUUUACUUCACUGUACAUCCGGAUUUAUUUGGACAAUAUCCGACACAAAGGACUGUCAACGAAAAUUCCCUGAAGCAGUUAAGCUCUGUUAUCGAAUGCCUUCAGCAACGGAGGCCAAUUAAUCCCAUGACACUACCGUUUUAUUUACGCUCCAAGGAUGAAAGAGAAGUGAAGGCUGGGAAGUUUACACUUGUGAAGAUACAGCUCAAUGACAAAGACCUGAAGAAGACGAUAAUAUCUAUUUUGAAGACCUGUAAUUUGCCCACGACCUUCGUGGAGAAGAUUGAGGAGCCGGUCAGAACUACCAAGAAAGAGAAGAACUUCUGGGAGGCGAGGGGGGGCUUCGGGAGAGGGGUGGACUUCACUGAUCUCGAGGAUGAUCCGCUCUAUCAGUCGAUUUUCAUGAGGCGGACGAUGAAUUCAGAGCCUGACACUUUCAAGGCAUAUUUAGAUAAACACGUAAAUGAAGCUCACGUAAAGCUGGAGGCCUGCAGGCCAGUGAGGGAGGAAGUCAAGAAGUUGGAAAAAAUUCUGUGCGAGCAGCUGGGGCUCAGGGACAUCUUCUGGGAUUGCGGCUGGAAUAUCGCGCACUACCGGGGGUGUCUCCUGGCCUUCCAGAACCUCGCGAGACAUCAUCCCGAGCAGAUGGAGAUCCUCAGGGAGAGGACACUGGUAUUUGCCAAUGACACUGGGAUCAGUUCUGAGGGAAAUGUUCUGUUGAAUUCUGGAGAAGUUAGACAUAACUGGCUGGAUAUGAUUAGGAAUAUUCCGAAGCACGAUCUCAUUCUCCGACGUCUACCAGCUUUUGAGAAGGCUGUCUCUCGGGUUCUUCUAGAUAUAAAAAUUGGCAGAAGGAAAUUCAUGCCGAAGGUCAUGGUCGGACAGUACGAGCAUCAACUGAGGCAAUUAACUACUACUCUCUCGGAUUAUCGAGGGAGACCUGGGUACCCGAAGACUUGGCCAUCGAGUUUGGGAUCUUAUGAGUUAGUUAUCGAGGCGGAAGCUGGACCUCUCAUGCUGUCCCCCACAGGACAAUUUAUCGUGCCAUCCUCAUGCCCAGGAUUUUUGCUCGUUACUUUUAUCACUGAAAAUCUGGAUGAGGCGACGAAGAGACUGAAUCACUAUAACAAAAUAAAAUAUGUGGAGAGAGAACUUCACAAUAAGACGAUUAAAGAGCUCUGCUUGGCAGGAUUGAACAAAGACGACAGCAUAACCCCUGACCUUAUGAUCCAGUGCUGUGAGAAACUACUCAAAAAUAAGGAGACACUGAUGCCAAUGCUAGAUGGUGUCAUGCUGUGGGUCACUCACUACUACUCAGUGAUGACAGAUGGUGUGCUGUGCAUUCCAUGGGACUGGAAAUUCUAAGAAUUCCUCGGUCAAUAAAUGAAGUGUUACCUGAAUCACAUUAGUCAAUACAUACUCCAUUUCAUACGAUAUAUUUUUACAUAAUUUUUCGCGCGAGAACUGUAAGCUAUUUUUAUAUUAGAUAUCUAGAUAUUCUAGAAGCGAAUGUAUUACCAGAAAAUUAUAGAAAAUUGAUCAUCUCAGGAUAACAAUUGUCCAUCGAUAUAUGAUAAUCAUGAAAGAUUCUAUUUUUUUUCCAUGUGGAUCGUUGAUUAAAUUGUACAUUGAACAUAAAAAAUGGAAUAUAAAAGUCAUUGAAGAACUUUUAAGAGGAAA